GUUCAAAUCACCAAUUCACCCAAGCCUAGAAUAAGAAAAAGAAUCCGUACUAUGUUCUCUUUGCCAUCUCUCAGGAAAUCCUCACCAUUGAUCAAACAAGUGGUUGCUAAUCAACGGUCUGUGUUUAACCAAUCGAAGGAAUCUGCUUCAUCUUCUUCGUAUUUAAGCUUGUUGAAGAAACCUUCCUCCGGUGGAAGGGAGGAAUUGUUGAGAUUAAUCUCCACUGGGGUUUUCGUCGUUGGGUCUGGUUUAGGGUUUUGCUACUCUUCUCAUUCUGCUUCGGUUUCUUUUGCCGAUGCGCCCAAUGGGGCGGCGACAUUGGCCGCUGACGGCUUUUCCGAUCAGUUCGAACAUGUUCCCGAGAAGAAAACCAAGUAUCUCUUUGGUGAAUCAUACAGGAGGAGAGUUUUCUUCAAUUAUGAGAAACGUAUAAGGUUGCAAAGUCCUCCUGAAAAGGUAUUCGAUUACUUUGCAUCCUAUAGAACACCAGAAGGCGAUGUUCUUAUGAGACCGGGGGACUUGAUGCGGGCGAUUGUUCCGGUAUUUCCUCCGUCUGAAUCGAAUUGGAUUCGAGAGGGUUGUCUGAGAGGGGAACCGGUGAAGCCCGGGGAGUUACACUGCCCUCCGUCGUAUUUUUUCAUGCUUUUUGAUACCAACAAUGAUGGACUCAUAUCUUUUGCCGAGUACAUCUUCUUUGUUACACUCCUUAGCAUUCCUGAAUCAAGCUUCUCCAUUGCUUUCAAAAUGUUCGACCUUGACAAUAACGGAGAAAUAGAUAGGGAAGAAUUCAAGCGAGUGAUGACGCUGAUGCGAUCGCAAAAUAAACAAGCGGCUCGCCACCGCGAUGGGCGGAGAAUUGGCCUCAAAAUCGCGGAGCCUGUCGAGAACGGAGGCUUGGUGGAGUACUUCUUCGGCCAAGACGGCCAGACGUGUCUAAAACACGACAAAUUCGUCCAAUUUUUACGAGAUUUACACCAUGAAAUUCUAAGGUUGGAGUUUGCUCAUUACGACUACAAGCUGCAUGGAACGAUAUCAGCUAAAGAUUUCGCAUUGUCGCUGGUGGCCGCUGCCGAUAUGAGCGACAUAAGCAAGCUGCUCGAUCGAGUCGACGAAAUAUCGAACGAAUCAAGUCUCAAAGACGUUCGGAUUUCAUUCGAAGAAUUCAAAAGCUUCGCUCAUCUACGAAAGAAGCUGCGAUCCUUUUCUCUAGCCAUUUUCAGCUAUGGAAAAGUAAGUGGGGUGCUAACCAAAACGGAUUUCCAAAGAGCUGCAUCCCAAGUAUGUGAAGUAUCGUUAACUGAUAAUGUGGUGAACAUAAUAUUCCAUUUGUUUGAUUCGGAUCGUGAUGGGAGCCUAAGCUCGGACGAGUUCGUUCGAGUGGUAGAGAGGCGGGAAAGGGACGACUUUCAGCUUAAAACAGAGCAUAAGGGAUUGAUAUCUUGCCUGAUGAGUUGUGCUACAAAAUAAUCAGUUGCUUCUUGAAAACCAGUACCUGUUGUUGCUAAUUCAUCCAUGGUCUGUCGUGUAUAUAUUUCAUGGCAGAUAAU